AUGGAGGUAACUCGCCCAGUGACUGGGAAGACGGGCCCUUUGGUGGGCACGUGCGCUCUGCAAGCCCGCUUCCCGCCCGCUGGCCUGGGGACGUGCCGGGUCUUCCUCCUGCGGAUCCGCGGGAUUGCCGCCCCAGGGUGGCUGGUGCCUUCCAGCAGCGGGAACGCCCAGCGCUGUCAGUGCGUCGGGAAGGGGAAUCAGUGCUGCUCUGCACCCCCACCCCCCCGGACUCGCAACCGUGACUUCCUUGGAACAAAGAAGAAGGCUGCCUGUCCAGGACUUGGUCUGUUUUAUACAGUACUGUCUGCCUUCCUUUUCUCAGUGGCCUCUUUAUUUCUUAAAAAAAUAGAAGAUGUGCAUUCAGUGGAAGUGAGUGCAUUUCGAUGUGUUUUCCAAAUGGCAUUCGUUCUUCCUGGCUUAAUAUAUUACAAAACAGGGUUUUUGGGACCAAAAGGUAAAAGAAUUUUUCUUUUCUUCCGAGGAUUCCUUGGCUCUAGUGCAAUGAUUCUUCUCUACUAUGCUUUCCAAGUCAUGCCACUAGCUGAUGCCACUGUUAUAACUUUUAGCAGUCCUGUUUUUACGUCGUUGCUGGCAUGGAUCUUUCUCAAAGAGAAAUACAGUCUUUGGGAUCUUCUGUUUACCCUCUUCGCAAUCACUGGAGUGGUUCUUAUUGCCAGACCACCAUUUCUGUUUGGGUCAAACGUUACGGGGAUUGAAGGAAGUUACACAGAUCACCUUAAAGGAACUAUAGCAGCAAUUACAAGCACAGUAUCUGCAGCUUCAACUUUUGUUAUACUAAGGAAGGUGGGGAAAUCUGUACAUUAUUUUUUGUCAAUUUGGUAUUAUGCAGUCAUUGGUUUAAUUGGAUGUGUUAUAGCGUUGUUUGUUAUGAAUGAAUGGCGCUUACCAUAUUGUGGUAAAGAUAGGGUUCUUCUAAUAUUAAUAGGCUUGCUAGGCUUAGGGGGUCAGAUAUUUCUCACAAAAGCAUUACAGAUAGAGAAAGCUGGACCCGUAGCCAUAAUGAAAACAAUGGAUGUGGUGUUUGCUUUUAUUUUACAAAUUCUUUUUCUCAAUCAUCUACCAACUUGGUGGACUGUGGGUGGUGCCCUUUGUGUAGUAGCUAGUAGUUCUGGAACCGCCAUUCGUAAGUGGCGACAAAGUUUGAAAAAAGCUAAACAAAAUGAAAUCUAGCAAUACAGACCCUAAUUCAUCACAGAAACAAGCAAUCUUGAAAUAAAUAUACAAUAUUUAUUUUUAUUUAUUUUAAAUAUCUCAUUUACCAAAUUGUAGUACCAAGCUAUAUCCAAUAAAAUAAGUUGAUUUUAAAAAAAAAAACAAACCAAAAUUGAAGAUGUUUUAACAACUGAUUAGGUAUAUGCUUUUCUUUCUCGUAUUUAGGCAUGAAAAUAUGAGAAGUAGAAAGAUAUUUAAAAGUUGCUUGCUUCCUAUCGAAAGUGGACUGUAGUUUUUUGGCUUUUAUUUUCUAAAAAUUCCUGAUUCUCCACUUCUUAGACCCUUUCUCUAUACUUCUGAGCGAUGGAAAUCAGUCUCCCAGGCUUAUUUGAUACUAUUCUGUGCUUGAUUACCAGAGGGAUUGCAGUACAAAAGUUAGAAGGGAAUGAAGAGUUAUAAUCCUAUAAACAUCCAACUUCUAUAGAACAGAUAAAGCCUGCACAUUUACAAGCUUUCUAAUUUUUGUGGGUUUUGCACAAACCAGAUGCCAAGUGGGGAUUUAUUUUUAAUUUGGAUUCUAAAAGAACAAAGACUAUUUCAUCUUUCCAUGUAAUAUCAAGAGAAAAUUAACUUGUGAAAAUUAUCUGUCAGCUUUGCUUUCUUUUAAAAAGAAUUUUAAAUGUUUGCACUUGCUGCACAGACAUAAUGAAACAACCUAAUCCCUUUUUUUUAAUGUGAUUUUCCCAAUUAACAUGUCUUUAGUUCCUGCAGUCUCAGUGAUGAGAGACUGAGAGACAACAGUUAAUUGUGUACCACUCGUAAAUUAGCCAUCUCUUGUGGUAUGGAAUGUUAUGCUGUAGCUGCACUUUUCUUUAUUCUAUGCAAAAGAUUAUAUUUUUUAGGUAUUUAAUAUAGGUUAUUUUAAAUGCUGCUUAUGACCCUUUUGUUUAGGUUCUCUUGUACAGAAGUUCUUUAUGAGACCAAGUUUAAGUCUCCUUGGCCUUCAUAAAGUCAGGAGGAUGUACAGUAAAGCAUUUGCCUAUUUCCUAAGAAUUUAAGUGAGUGCAGAGUAAUUGCAGAUUCACAGAAAAUGUGGGUUGGCGGAGGUCAUGGCAGAGAUUCCGGAGAACAGGUUUGAGGAGAGCUUGGUGGGAGGUGGAGCUACGCAUACACAUCUCAUGACAUGGAGGUGCCCACACUACAUCAGGCAGUGCUAGUGAGCAGCUCCAGCCCCAUUUCUCCAGCCAGCCCUUUUAAAUCUGCCCUUAGUUGUUCCUCUUACACAUCUUCUCACUUUUAUAGGCUUUAUCUUGAUAGCAACAAAUACUAAGAAAAAAGGCUUGUGUUAUUGAACUUAGUGUCCUUCAUGUUUGAGGAGGAAUACAUGUUUACUUAAUAUAUGUUAGCCUUACAUACUUUUGGGUCUUGUCUCAGUAGUGCUUAAAGAAAAUUUUAACUUGGAUCUUUAUUUGGUCCUUUGUAUCAUGAAGUGGUUUUCAGUUAUUUACUCCAGUGUUUUUCUAAAGGAGUAUGCUGUGUUCUGUAGACUUCAUACAUGUUUCUUUCAAAAUUGAUAAAGGUGGUGGAUGUUUUCUUAUUUUGAUUUACAGAUGUCCAGUCACAUAUCUUUUCUUUUGCCAGUAAGCAUUGCGUCCUGGCAGGGCAGUUCUAGGGACUUGAGUCCUGAAGGACUGGAAUGUGUAUAGUACUUCGGGAUGCAUCUGGAUGUGAGCAGCCAUCUUUGUGCAAGAUUCUGUAUGUAAACCAGCACCCUGAAUGUAUAUAUGUUUAUGGACAUGAGCAGAUUCCACCUGAGCAGUAGAAUCAGUUCCUGCUUACAGCAGUCCAUCCUUCGAUUUUUCUGAAGGCUGAAGUUCAGCUACUGCUGACAAAGUCAAUAGUAGUAUGAAACUGCUUUUACAUCUCUUUAAAGCCUGAUGUAAUAAUAAAAUUCCAGUUUUGCACCCAUUUCACUUAACAGUUGAAAUUGUAAACUGGGAUUGUUUGUUCUGCUGCUCAGCCAUCACUGCCAUUGAGCAACAGCUUUCAGGGCAAGGCUGGAAAAUAGACUGCAUUUUUCACUGCUUCACUUCGUGUUUAAUAUGCAUGUGGUUGAAUUAACCCUUUACAAAGGUGUGGUUCUGAAGCAGUUCAUGCUGAUGUAAACUUGGGUUGUUGGCUAGUCCUGCUCCCUCCCCUUGGCUGAGUGCUCGUGGUUAUGUGGUGAGCUGGCCCCGGGAGCUGAUCCAGCUACAUAACUUUUCAGUAAGGUUAUUGGAGAGGGCAAAACCAGAGUAGCCUGAACUUGAUGACAGUGUGAAAACAUUCGAGAGGGGAAUAAGAUAAUAGUUUAAAUUACAGCGUGUGAAUGCCGCUUUGUCAGUACAGAAUAAAAAUAAUAAGGAAUCUUAUAUCAAAAAAUCUUUAGGUCACGUGAUUUCAAUGAAUCUUGUUUACACUUAGUAUAGAAGAACAGACUGCUGAAGAAAUGAUUGUUUUCUUGCCCCUUAACACAUAAAUAAGUGUAGAAAAUUAGCUGACCUGAAAUCAACAACCUGAUAUAGUGAUCAGUAAUUUUUCUCUCAAGUUCUUGCAGAAACUCUUACAAUAUAUUUCCAUACCUGUACUGCCAAAACCACCAGAUAAUUAUUUUUUUAAUUUGGCCACACCUACAGGGUUUCCUUAUGGCUCCAUCUACUUAUUUCCUUUUGCUGUUCCUAAACCUUCCUAAAUAUUUAAAUUGUUAAAAUAAUAAUCUAAAAAAGAUCCUAUGUUGGAGAACAUUGUAUUUUUUGGAACAUUAUUUUGAUUUUGAUCCAUCUUUUGGAGAAUUGUUUAACUGGUGUAAGAAUGAAGGACUUCAUUAGAGCUUCUCUAGUCGUACAGCAUGAUACGCUAGCUUCUAUAACUAGCUUUUCCAGAUGAUUUGAGGAAUGGAAGACAUUUAAGCUUUAAGUUUUUUCAAUGACCUCAAGUUUUUAAUUUUUCUUCCUCUUGAAAAUGUAGGUUGAAAACUUGAAUUUUAGUUGGAAGCCUUGAAGAGAAUGAAAUUAUACAAAAGUGUGGAUAGCCUAAAAUGUUUUGGUUUUUUUUAAUUUUAAAGUAUUUCAUACAAUUUCUAUUAAGAUAGUAAAACUUUAUUUUUUUCUUCCAGAGCUUAGAUGUUUCAGAAUCUGAAAUUAAACUGGCUGAGCCUUGAUUCUUUCAGAGCCUGAUUUUUCCUUUUUUUUUUUUUUUUCCCCCCCCUUUGGAAAGAUUUUUACUCUUGGAAGUUGGUUUUAUUUUUUUUUUUUUAGCCUUGUAAGUUUUAAUAUAGCAAGUUUCUCAGGGUCAAAUGUUAUUUUUCUAUGCUUUGAGUCAGAAAUAUAUUAUUAAUGUUCAUCACCUAUAGUGUCCUCUUGUGAGCUUUACAGUAUUUUUAAGUUCAAUAAAUGUACUUUUCUAAUAGGAAGUCCUUCCUUCAUAAUAUGAUGGAAUAUUGUUGCGUUGCAAUUGCUAUGCUAUAAAGUUAAGUUUCUCUUGAAUUUUAACAUUAAUUCAAUGUACUGAUUUCAGUGAAUCCUCAAUAGAAAGAGUAAUAAUUAAUUAUUGGUUGUUUUGCACGUAAGCACAAAAAAGAUUUAGUUGUUACUGAUGCCUCACAAGCAUGUUUCUUAUGUUCUUUACUAUGCAAAACACUGUAAUCAUCUGUUGUCUUCAGUGGGACUUUAUAGCCUUAAAGCCUUAGGUACCUGACUCUUCUAUAUAAAGCUGAUGGCUGAAAAAGCUAUGAACUGUCACUGUGCAGCAGCAAAUUUCUUUCAGGUUAAGUUGUUUGUCAAAGUAUGCUCUAAAAGCUCCUUAAAUACAUCUACACUAAGAAUCUGACAAGCUCAUUGUGUAGACAGGGGCAGUCUAUACAAUUAAAAUGGAUUUCCUGCAUUUAUCUAACAGCAGGCACGAAGUAACCUCAGCAUAACAGCGUUGGUGAAAUAACUUGUUCAAUGUUGCAUUUUUCUUCUGAAACCUGAAACUAGUCUCUUUCCCAACUCCAAAAGCUCUUCUCUUCCUUGAGUUUUUGUUCAAGAGCAGUCUGUUGGAAGGGAGUUUAUUUCUAGAGAGGCAGCCUCUUUGAAGUUCUUUCCUUGCUAACUAGCCGUAGUUAACCAGGAAGAGGCUGUUUCCAGUUCUCUAACCAUGGUAGCCAUGGUAGGCUCAUCCGUGGCAUCAGUCCCACAAGGGUAGCAGGAGCACGAUCUGUCCCUGCAUGGAUUCCGGGCUGGCAAUGCUGACAGCAAAUGUGCAACACUGACUGCAGCAGGACAUUGCAGUUACCAACAGAGUGGUUUUGUGGUCAUAACUGCCUGUCCAUCCAAAGAAAAGUUGUGGCUUUAUGUUCCUGCAAAUGCAGGUAACUUCAGGGUGGAACAUACGUAGACUUCUAUGAUGAUAACACUUCUGUAUAUCCAAAUGAGUGGUUUCCUAUGUUAUGUGAGUUAUUGUUUGACAAAAAGGGGGUAAAAAUACCCUCAGCGUUAAUUAAAGGAUUUUUACUAUGUCCUAUAUAUUGUUAAAUAUAUGUUGAAUUAUGUUUUGUAGAAGUU